CCGGCUGCAAAGCGCAGGAGCGUGUAGACGCGUGCGGCGCGCGAAAUCGUGCUGCGCUCGCCCCGCCGGGCCGGGUACUCCCCGGAGAAAAAGUCUCCCUAGUUUCCCCCACCACUCUACCUCCGCCACGUCCUGCUGAAAAAAACAAAACAAAAACCCGAAACCCCUAGACCUGAAUGCUUUGUGCGUCCCAAAUUCCCGAUCUCUUGGCCCUGCCCGGUUGCGGAAGGCAGCCGAAUGAGGACGAGAACUCGGGAAAAGACUAAGUUGUGGGGGGCACUUGGAGAAGUUUCAGGGGGAGAUCUGCUCAAGAUGGAAACCGCAGCCCGGGCGCUAAGGACGGGCUUCUGCUCCCGCUUGCAAAAAGAGAAAGUCGAGCCGGCCUUCCUGCCCGACAAAAAAACAACAACACAACAACAACAACCCCGAAGAGGGUGGAAUGAGUGAUGUCACAGAGCCGCGCUCGCAGCCUGACAAAGGGGGGGCGCACCCCUCCCCCUCCCGCCGCUCGGCCCCAGAGAGGGGCGCCCCAAGCGCCGGGUAGCCGAGCGAGCGGACUCGAAACUUUUCCUCUUUAAGAAAAAAAAGUUGUGCGCGGCUCCCAGUUGGUUUUUUUUUUUUUUCUUCUUCUUCGGCUUCUUUCCUCGUUUCCCCUCCCCCCUCUUCCUUUUGAAAGUUUCUUUUUUUUUUUCCCGGAGUUUGACCGCAUGGCUGAUUCAACUUCAGUGUCAAUCAACUUUUUUUCCCUCCUCUUCCUCAUUUAAAUAAGUUUAAAGCUCCUCCUCCCCCAGCCCACCAAAUCUGAACUUUAUAAAUUGGGCUUCGCGCGCCGCGGUCGAGGAGAGUCAGAAAGGCGAGGGGCGCCGGGAGCAGGCGUGUGGGACUCCAGACCGGAGAGCCGGAGGCUGCGCCUUCCCCGCACCGAGACCUUCGCGACACACCAGAUCCCCAUCCCUGCCCCGUGCGAGCGCCCAGGAUGACCACCACCCUCGUGUCUGCCACCAUCUUCGACUUGAGCGAAGUUUUAUGCAAGGGUAACAAGAUGCUCAACUACAGUACUCCCAGUGCAGGGGGCUGCCUGCUGGACAGGAAGGCGGUGGGCACCCCUGCCGGUGGGGGCUUCCCCCGGAGGCACUCAGUCACCCUGCCCAGCUCCAAGUUCCACCAGAACCAGCUCCUCAGCAGCCUCAAGGGCGAGCCGGCCCCAGCUCUGAGCUCCCGCGACAGCCGUUUCCGAGACCGCUCUUUCUCAGAAGGGGGCGAGCGGCUGCUGCCCACCCAGAAGCAGCCGGGGAGCGGCCAGGUCAACUCCAGCCGCUACAAGACGGAGCUGUGCCGGCCCUUCGAGGAGAACGGCGCCUGUAAGUACGGGGACAAGUGCCAGUUCGCGCAUGGCAUCCACGAGCUCCGAAGUCUGACCCGUCACCCCAAGUACAAGACGGAGCUGUGCCGCACCUUCCACACCAUCGGCUUUUGCCCAUAUGGGCCCCGCUGCCACUUCAUCCACAACGCCGAGGAGCGCCGCGCCCUGGCCGGGGCCCGGGACCUCUCCGCUGACCGUCCCCGCCUCCAGCAUAGCUUUAGCUUUGCGGGGUUUCCCAGUGCCGCCGCCACCGCCGCUGCCACGGGGCUGCUGGACAGCCCCACAUCCAUCACCCCACCCCCCAUCCUGAGCGCUGAUGACCUCCUGGGCUCACCCACCCUGCCAGAUGGCACCAAUAACCCCUUCGCCUUCUCCAGCCAGGAGCUGGCGAGCCUCUUUGCCCCUAGCAUGGGGCUGCCUGGGGGUGGCUCCCCAACCACCUUCCUCUUCCGGCCCAUGUCCGAGUCCCCUCACAUGUUUGACUCUCCCCCCAGCCCUCAGGAUUCGCUCUCGGACCAGGAGGGCUAUCUGAGCAGCUCCAGCAGUAGCCACAGUGGCUCUGAUUCCCCCACCUUGGACAACUCAAGACGCCUGCCCAUUUUCAGCAGACUUUCCAUCUCAGAUGACUAAACCAGGGUCUACAGGAAGGAAGACUGAAAAAGUGGAUGAAGAUUGUGACAUAAGUGGGACUUUGUGAUUUAAUUUUUUUUCUUUUUUUUUUUAAGUGGGGAGGAUGGGGAAGCUAGAUGGACUAUGAGAGACUUGAUUUUGGUGCUAAAGUACCCCAGUUCAUAUGUGACAUCUUUAAACAAAAAAAUAACAAAAAAAUGAGAGAAAAGCUAAAAAAACAUGUAAGGGGUGAGCAGUUAAUGGUAUUCAUUCCACAUACAAUAUCUGUGUAAAACGAUUUCCUGUAGAAGUAGCUUUAAUGGUUUUUGCUCUAGAAUACCGUAGGUCUAUCCUUAGAGCACUCACGCCAUGCUUUUUUCCCUGGGUUUUAAACUUCAUAUAACUUUCAGAAAUUGGAGAGCAAAAAUUUUGCUUGUCACUGCACAUCAAUAUAAAAAAGCUUAUUUAACUUAUCAAAACGUAUUUAUUGCCAAAACUAUGCUUUUUUUUGUUAAUUUUGUUCAUAUUUAUCGGGAUGACAAAUCCAUAGAAUAUAUUCUUUUAUGUUAAAUUAUGAUCUUCAUAUUAAUCUUAAAAUUUUGUGACGUGUCUUUUCCUUUUUUUUUCCACAGUUUUAAUAUAUUAUUCUUCAACGACAUUUUUUGUAACUUUACACUUUUUUUGGUUAUUUUAUUUUAAAAAAAUGAAAAAUUAAUUUAAAAAAAUGCAAAAAACUGUUGGAUUAUUUAUUUUAGAAAUUUCCCCCCUUUGUGUUGGACUGCAAAUUGAGUUUCUUCUUCUUUAGGCCUUUUCACAGCUAGGACUGAGAAUGUAUGUCAAAGUUCUGUGACAGUACAGAAGGAAAACAACUUUUAUGUAUGGCUUCUAAAAGGGAAAAAAAAAAAAAGAAACCCUUUGACUUCCACGUGCCCAUCUCAAGACAUUCCGAUUGCAGAUUUGAGGUUCUGGAUUCCAGGUUUGGAGUUUUCCAAUGUUAAUGCAAACAGAACUGGCACACACAUUAAGAUGAAUGUAAUUAUUAUUCCUCUUGCUGGUCACUACCGUCGCUUUCUAUUUCUCUUUCUUUGUGUGAAUUUAUUUAAAAGAAAAAAACUUUUUGUAACGACUAUUUGCAGUUUAAAAAUCAAUAAACCCCGUUUUUUUCAAGAAA